GUUAAAUUUUCAUUUGAAUACUGUUCAAACUCAUCAAACAGGCUUCAGUUUUUGAGUAGAACAGCUCAAUUUAUUGUAUUCAAACUCAUCAUGAAAGCUUUACUCGUGUUUUUUGUGUUGUUUAAUUUAUCCUUUGGAUUUCCACAGUAUUCAUUUACUAUAUACAAUCCGGGAUAUGGAUUUCAACGAGUUAACACUUUCCAACGAUUUGCUCCAAUUCAAGUUAUUCAAAGAGCACCUGUUUAUUACUUUCCACAGAGAUCAUGGGUUAAUUAUCAACGUGAAGAGGUAACUCCCAAACCAAGUGGUACAAUAAGGAUUCAAUCUAUUGAUCCUUAGUUUUUUCGAUGCAUGGUUUUUUUAUUUAAUUUUAUUGUUCGUUGAAAUAGCUUGAAAAGAG